AUGCUAGGACCAAGACAGUGCAUUCCAACAACAGUAUACCCCUUCACUAGAUGUUUUCACACCAGAUCUACGCAAUGCGGCUCCUACUGUUUGGCAAAUAUCGUUCAUGAAGAAAAUCGGCAAAUUUGUAGCUCAGUAGAUAAUUUUGGACGGCCAGCCAAUUGUCAGUCACAAACUGCUUAUAUUCCGCAGCCACAGCCACGUUGUAGCUAUACUAGUACGUGGCCUUACGUGUCUUGUGGCAUACAACCACCAGCUGCAUGUGAAGGUUGCUACAACCACUAUUACAAUCAGAAUGUAAAGCAAUACAAGAGCUGUCCACCGCAGUGCUAUGAUGAUUUUAGUGUAGGACCACUAUACAGACAAGGUCCAUUCUAUCAACCUGGAUAUGCACAUAUCCCUCCAUGUGCUUACUCCCCUCAAGGAUGCUCCGCUGCUCUUGGAACUAUGGGAGGAUAUGGAAUUUAUAAUGCGAUGCCUGGAUACGGAGUAUAUGGUCAGGCAAGCCUUCCUUAUGCUGGACCAUUAUCUGGACAAUCAGCUGAUCCAAGCUUAAUGCCUGUGUUUCCUUAUUAUGGUAAUACUUUCAACUCAACAGAGGACGGGUCGGUAUUUAAUUAUACAGGGACACCUGCUAAAAAACCCAGGAAUGAGUAUGACGCUAUGUGUAGCAAAGUUACUCAGUGGGUGGGACAUAGGGCUAAACUUGAAAAUGUAACAAUUAAACACAUUGAAGAAGAGCAUUCAUUGAAAUUAGAAAUAAUGGAAAGGAAAUGUGCUGCUGAAAUUGAGGCAAUCAAGAAAGAGUCGGAUGCCAGGAUUGCAAAGAUUGUAGCUGAGCAGGAGUAA